AUGGCUCUCCUUUCUUCAAACGUCACUCUGAGGAAUCUGACUGGCAAGCUUAAGCUAGGGGAAAGGUUUUCUUGUGGUGGAUACUCAGUGGUAUACAAAGCUGUACUUAGUAAUGCAGAAUAUCCGGGCACCGUUGCUGCUGUGAAGUUUCUUGACCUGCACCGAAUGUGGGAGGAUAGGGCAAAGGCACAACUGCGUUGGGAGCGCGAAAUGAGGGCGGGACAGAGAGUAGUGCAUCCCAACGUCUUGCUUUGCCUUGGCGUGUGUGAAAAUCCCGAUCCUAAUUAUCAGAAGUUCGUUGGAAUCGUUCUUCCGUUCUAUGUAAAUGGAGACAUGAAUACUUUCAUCGAGCAUUGCCCACACGCUGAUCGCAUGCGUCUACUGUCUGGUGUUGCAGCGGGCAUAUUUGCAAUUCAUUCUGCCCACGAUCCCGUUGUGCAUGGAGAUAUUAAAGCGGCAAAUAUUCUUGUAGACGACAAUGAGAAUCCGCGGCUAGCUGACUUCGGUCUUUCCCGUAUAUGCGGGACCAAAGGAUUUACCACCCAGACUGUCAAGGGAUCAUGGCACUGGAUGGCUGUAGAGCUGAUCCUGACAGGAAAGGUGCCAUUUGACGAAAUAAAGUCGGAGAGGGUAUUCCUGGCAAAAAUGUAUUCGACGUACAUUCGACCGCAGAAACCCUCCAGCACUUGCAUUCCGGAUGCGCUCUGGAAAGCUCUGGAACGCUGUUGGGACGAGGACGCCUCGAAACGACCAACGCCGCCCAUAUUGGCCUGGUAUUAGAUCUAUUGUAUGGGGGCAGCCUUGCCAAGCUCGACGUGUCUACGGUCAUGUCGGUUCUGGAUGGCAAUUGAGACAAUAUCCACCCUACUGGAAUCAAAUGAAUGCGAUUUCCUCCAACAAUCACCGUAUACAAG